UUAGUCUCGAUGGUUUCCGGUGCCGCUCUGGCAACUUCGGCUUAGUCUCGAUGGUUUUCGGUGCCGCUCUGGCCAUUUCCGCUUAGUCUCGAUGGUUUCCGGUGCCGCUCUGUCAACUUCCGCUUAGUCUCGAUGGUUUUCGGUGCCGCUCUGGCAACUUCCGCUUAGUCUCCAUGGUUUCCGGUGCCGCUCUGGCCAUUUCCGCUUAGUCUCGAUGGUUUUUGGUGCCGCUCUGUCAAUUUCCGCUUAGUCUCGAUGGUUUCUGGUGCCGCUCUGGCCACUUCCGCUUAGUCUCCAUGGUUUUCGGUCCCGCUCUGGCCAUUUCCGCUUUGUCUCGAUUGUUUCUGGUGCCGCUCUAGUCUGUUCCGCUUAGUCUCGUUGGUUUAGUCGCCUCUCUGGCCAUUUCCGCUUAAUCUCGGUGGUUUCUGUGGACGCUCUGGCCAUUCCGCCUAAUCUCGAUGGUUUCGUCGCGGCUCUGGCCAUUUCCGCCGAAUCUCGGUGCUUCCGGCGCCGCUCUGCCCCGCCCGCCCGUCCCCGGGGUUGCCCGGCGGCGAUGGCGGCUCUGGCGGCCCUCGGGGUUCCCCCGGUCCCCGAAAUCUUCGCCACGAUGGAGGAGGGGCCGAUCUCCGGCGGGACCAACCCGGGAGAGGCGUGGCUGGAGUCCCACGGGCGCAGCCUCGGACACUUCGUGGCUGGGAGGUGGCUGAGACCGGAGGGGAGGGAGAGCCUGGAGUGCCCGGAGGCCACCACGGGCCGGGCGGUGGCCGCGGUGCCGGCCGGGGACAGCUCGGAUGUGGCUGUGGCCGUGGCGGCGGCGGCAGCGGCGGCCGAGGCCUGGGCGGGGCUGGGGGGGCCCCGGCGGGGACAGCACCUGGUCAGUGGCAGCAUGACCCCGGGUGACCCUGAGUGACCCCAGGUGACCCUGAGUGACCCCGAGUGGCCGAAGCCCCUCUGAGCUCCCCCUGUUGUCCCCAGUGACCACCAUUGUCCCCAGUGUCCCCAUUGUCCCCCCAUUGUUCCAACUGACCUCCACUGUCCCCCCACUGUCCCCGUUGUCCCCCCAUUGCUCCCAGUGACCCCCUGUGUCCUUUGUGCCCUCCCUGUGUCCCCGCA